AACUUAUCCCAUAAGGCUGUUAGCACUCGAAUAUGUCACGACAGUCACUCUUCUUGGAUAAUAAUACUCGAGUAACUCUAAAUAUUAUAUAGAGCCCAAGGCAGUAUUUCUUUUUAAUUUACUCUCAUUAUCCUAGUCUGUUUGUCACAUAUUACAGCGUUCCUAAAUGCCUCAUAUGCAGGCCAACGAACGUGUUUAAUUGCAGCAUAUCAACAUGGUACCUUAUCUUACAACCCGUAACUUCUUUUUGUACACGUCGAAUAAUUGCACGCACUUCCCCAUGGGCCAUUCUAGUUCCCGGGAAUUGGCGUUUGCAGAAUCAUGUCGCGUCUUCACGUCGAACCAUAUCAUCUCAGGUCCCAGUGCCCAAGGAGCCUUUCACACAAGGCGCAACACUCCGUGGCCAGUCAGGGCGAACUUACACUAUAUAUGGGGUGCUUGCUGAACGGCGGGAUCCAUUGCUAUGUGUCUACCGCGCCAGCGCUGAAGGACAGAGCUUUGUUAUCAAAAAUAUGAUACCAGGCGAAUAUGAGUAUCAACAAGACUUGCAGAAGUCCGUGGCCUCGUGUCCCAACUUGCGAACCGUGGUAGAUGGCCUUCCCAACCCUGAGUUGUCCAUCUAUCCAUUUUUGGAAACCAACUUUCUUCAGUUCAGCCAGAAGAGCUUAUCUGUAGCGACGAGGAAGGGCAUGCUGAAGAGUGCUCUUGCUGGUCUGGCUGCUCUUCAUGAGAAAAACAUUGCUCACAAUGAUAUAAAGCCAAACAACAUUCUCUUGGAUUAUGAGAAGACAGGUGACACUUUCAGCGUUACGAAAGUCCAGAUCUCGGACCUGGAGGAUGCGCUCAUUCUCCCCCUCGGGAAAUACCUAAGGGACGGGCUCUGCGGCAACCAGUUGUGGAGGAGUCCCGAGUCCUGGGCCCGCCGCGCCGCCCAAGGCACCCCAUCUGACAUCUUCUCCUUCGGAAUCGUGUGUAUCUUCGUGAUGCUAAACAACAUGUUUUUCCGCGUCAGCGACUCCGAGCUAGCCGCCAGCAACUCGUGGCGCUACAUCCUCAGACGCCAUAUAUCCUUCUUCGGCGAAGAAGAUGGCUUCCAGGGCCUGUUACAAUGGAUCGGCGAGGAAAACCCAUUCUUUGAGCGUCUCAUCACCCUCGCGGGCACCUUCAACGCGGCGGAACCCAGGAAACCGUUUGCGACAUGGCAUUUUGUUGAUGCUGGGUUCCGGGAUCUGGUCGGCAAGAUGACGGUUUUGGAUCCGGCGGGGAGGAUCACGGCGGCGCAGGCGCUGGAGCAUCCGUGGUUUGCGGAGAGUGUCGACGAGGGUGUGUUGUGAGGCGGUGUUUGGAUGAUCUUGGCUGGUUCAAGGUGAUACCCUUAUUGUUGUAAGAUUACUUGUGUCACGUAAAAUUAUGGGGAUGUGUAUGUUAAUUAUCUCGUCGCCGCCUCAUUCUCUCCCAAGCAGAGAUAAUGCUCUGCUUAUGAAUAAAUGUGCUGCGAAAGCUACAACAGAAAAUGCCGCAAUGACAGUAUUCUGCAGGCGAUGAUUUCAUGAUAGUAGAGCACUUUAUAGGGUAAUUUAAAACAUUUCAUAUUAC